AGCCAUCGCUCGACCAACGAACGAGUAAAUAGUGGUACUUUUUUUUGUUGUUGCUGUUGUUUAACAGGAAUUGUCAGAGCCGCGACCGCACACACACGCACACACACAGCGCAUCUCCGGACGAGAAGGCCCGUCACGUUGACCUUUUUUGUGUUCAAGAGAAACCUCGUUUGUUUCACGGACCUCUCUCUCUGUGGGUGGAAGGGCACCGCGCUUUACGACGCAUAAGGGGCUCACACACGAGCAAAACCAAGCAAACAACAACAACAAAAAACACCGUAGCGAAUCAACACUCAUAGCAGCGAGGACACCGUCUCGCCAAUUACGUCAUUAAACCGCAACCAAAGGAAAGGAUACGCGUGGUAACGCUGCACCUUGUAUCUUCUUUCACCCCCUCUUUCUUUCUACAUUGUUAUUCGUUUGAGCUUUGCAUCACAUUCCCAUCUGUCUGCUGUUUAGUGUGGUCUUGCGUCGCAUCUGCCGUAAUUGUUUCCUUGGAUCUCACGCAGUUCCAGUCGCAGAGUGCUCUCGCGUAACACUAUCUUCCUCUUUUCUUGUUUUGUAAUCAUAAGUCUCUUUUGCUCGUGAGAGCUGUUGCCUGCGCUUUUCCACGUUUUGUUGUUGUCUAUUUAUUUAUCUAUACUACGAGCCGCGUCUUUCUUGGUGAUUUGCUGAGAGGAGAUUAGUGCCUUUUAUUACCGAGUCUUCUCUUUCCCACGCACACACGGGUGCUUGAUCAAAGCGCCGCGUGUGGCUCUGCUGCUUUCCAGAACUUCUACCAAUUUGCUGUUGUUGAAACCGCUGUCUUGUGUUUGGUGGACCCCUCUUUUUCUUUUGUUCUCUCUCUCUUCACCUUCAAGAUGAACGCGAUGAACGACACGGAGAUUGUGCAGUAUGUGCUGCGCAACAAGAGUAACUUCUACAAGAUCCUCAUGGUGGAGCAGUUGGCCACGAGCGAUCAGAUCAAGAUUGCCUACAAAAAGAUGGCCCUCAAGUGCCACCCCGACAAGAACAAACACCCACAGGCUGCCGAGGCAUUCAAGCUGGUGGGGUCUGCCAACGCGACGCUGUCGGAUGCGACAAAGCGACGCAUUUAUGAUCGCCACGGCGAGGCCGGCGUGCAGCGGCACGAGAGCGGCGGCGGGCGUCGUCCCGCGAACGGCGCGGCGGGUGGGCCGUACCGUCGUCGCCCUCCAGGUCAGCGCGACUUCUUUGAGGAGUUCUUCUUCGGCCCCGCGCAGGCACGCGCAGGUCCACCCGGCCACAACGGGAACUACUACCAGGCCGAUAUCAACGUCAACCCUCAUAUGUUGCUGUUGAUUCCUAUUAUUCUGUUUGUCAUCAUGGCGAUGCUGCUCAGCAGCACCUUUACGGAUACCGACGCGUCCAGCGCGAUGUUCGGCGCCAGCGGCGCCGGUGGUCGUGGCAAGUCUGGUGUGUCCAGCGCCGCCUUCAGCUUUACGCCGUCCCCGGAUGAGGGCAUAGUCGUGCCGCGCACGACGUCGCUGUACGGGUUGCGGGUGCAGUUCUACACAACGCGACGCAUGUCGGAGAUGAUGGAUCGCCGCAGGGACAUUUACCUCUCGAUGGAAAAGAAGGUGCUGGAGGGCCAGCGAGACUACUUAGGACGGCGAUGUGAGGCGGAGGCCUUCAAGUUCCGCUCACGAGGCCGCAAGGAGGACCCGCCGGUGUGUGGGGAGUAUCAGCAGUUCCGCCGGGCGUUGGGCUGA